CAUCCCCAUGCCUAUCCACUGCAUUCUCUUUCAUCAGAAACAACAAUAUAUAAAGUCAUGCUCCCUCCCUCCCGGGUUCCUCGUCCCCCUCUCUCUACUCCUUGCUUUUCCUCCCAUGCUCUCAGAUAUCCUCUAAUCGAGUUUGAUUGAACACCUCGGGUUGUCGAGUAGCAGCAGUCAAUACACUUCGCUCGACCGCAUCAUCAACUUAAUCAAUCCACAAUGGUUCGCGGAUUCAAGCGGCCAGAGAAUGAGGCCGGUGCCGCCUGGCCCGCCAUUCUCGUCGGCGCCUUCGUCUCCUUCGGUGGUGUCCUUUUCGGCUAUGACACCGGUACCAUCAGUGGUAUCUUGGCCAUGAAAUACUGGAAGGAGCUCUUCUCCACAGGUUACACCGAUGCCACAGGCCAGCUUGGUAUCUCUCCCUCUGAGGAGGCCGCCGUCGUCUCCAUCCUCUCUGCCGGUACCUUCUUCGGAGCUCUCGCCUCAGUCUUCCUCGCCGACUCCAUCGGUCGUCGCUGGGCCCUCAUCGCCUCCUGCUGGGUCUUCAACCUGGGUGUCAUCUUCCAGACUGCCGCUGUCGCCCUGCCCCUGUUCCUCGCUGGUCGCUUCUUUGCUGGUUUCGGUGUCGGUCUCAUCUCCGCCAUGAUCCCUCUGUACCAGUCCGAGACGGCUCCCAAGUGGAUUCGUGGUGCCAUCGUUGGUGCUUACCAGUUGUCUAUCACCAUCGGUCUUCUCCUUGCCGCCAUCGUCAAUAACUCCACCCACGAACGCGACGACACGGGCUCCUACCGUAUCCCAAUUGCCGUCCAGUUCGCCUGGUCUAUCAUUCUCAUUGUUGGCAUGUUGAUCCUUCCCGAGACUCCUCGAUUCCUCGUCAAGAAGGGAAAGAUGGACCAGGCCGCCCGGUCUCUCGGCAAGCUCCGCCGUCUCCCUGCCGACCACGAGGCCAUCGUCGCCGAGGUUGCCGAGAUCAAGGCCAACAACGACUACGAGAUGUCCCAGGGCACUGCCGGCUACAUCGACUGCUUCCGCGGCCCCAUGCUCAAGCGCCAGCUCACCGGCAUGGGUCUCCAGGCUCUCCAGCAACUCACUGGUGUCAACUUCAUCUUCUACUAUGGCACCAAGUACUUUGAGAACUCGGGUAUCAGCCAACCCUUCGUCAUCCAAAUGAUCACCUCCGUCAUCAACGUCGUCUCCACCAUCCCUGGUCUUAUCGCCGUCGACCGCUGGGGUCGUCGCCCCAUGCUUCUCUGGGGUGCCAUCGGAAUGACUAUCAGCCAGUUCCUGGUUGCCAUGCUCGGUACCCUCACCACAGGUCAGCGCGCGGACGGUUCCAUCAUCGUUUACAACGUCGAGGCUCAGAAGGCUGGUGUUGCUUUCGUCUGCAUCUACAUCUUCUUCUUUGCCAGCACCUGGGGUCCCCUAGCCUGGGUUGUUACCGGCGAGAUCUUCCCUCUGAAGCAGCGUGCCCGUGGCCUGUCCCUCACCACCGCCACUAACUGGCUCCUCAACUGGGCUAUCGCCUACAUGACUCCUUACCUCGUCAACUUUGGUCCCGGCUACGCCAACCUCCAGUCCAAGAUCUUCUUCGUCUGGUUCGGAGCCUGCUUCCUGUGCAUUGCCUUUGUCUACUUCUUCAUCUACGAGACCAAGGGUCUGUCACUUGAGGAGGUCGAUGAGUUGUAUGCUCAGGUCAGCUCCGCCCGCCACAGCAGCGCGUGGCAGCCUUCUGUCUCUUUCACCCAGCGCACUGGCGUCGACUCCGCCACUGUCGAGAAGAUCGAGGGCGACGCCAGCGACCACGCUGUCGAUCAGGCCAACAGGGUCUAAGCUCCAAACUUUUCUGCCUAAUUGUUUUCUAUUUCUUGGUUUUAAUUGCCUGCGGGGGCCCGUAUAUAUGUAAGGUACCCCCGACAAGGGUAUAUGGAAAUUGUCAACCUAAUUUGGUUAUUCUCCGAUCUUACAUAAAGCCGCAAUAUACCCAUUUGUUAAAUCUGGAAUUCCUAUUGAAAAUAUGCAUCAAAAUCCAGGUGGAAUGGAAUAUACAGUGAAUAUGCCAA